AAAAAAAAAAAAAAAAAACGAAAAAAAGAAAAAGGAACCCAUUUGACGAUACUCACCGACCCCCUCUCUCUCCUCCGGUUCAAUAAUAAAUCGCCAUCGUUAUCUCUUCCCUGUAGGGUUCCUCUUUCGUUCUCUUUUGGCUAAUCCAAUAAUUUUUAACUAUGGAUUAUUGUAUCCAUUUCACUGUACAAAUCUUCUCACCCGAAACCCUAAAAGUUUCAGUGUUAAGGGUUUUUAGUGUUUAGCGUCGUUUUUGCUUUUUUCUUGAUUUAGAAUUUAGAAUUUCUUUUGCUACGGUUGUUUUUUUAAUCUUUAAAAUUUAGUUUUAGCGAUAAGAAAACGAAGUGUAGAUAUGGAAGGGAUUGAAAGUGGUAUAGGUAUUCAAGAAAUUUCCAAAGUUGAUGAUCCUAAGCAGACUGGAGAUAACUCUACAGAAGAUGCCGUGUUUGAUGCAUCUCAAUAUGCAUUCUUUGGUAAAGAUCUUGUCGAGGAAGUUGAGUUAGGGGGGUUGGACGAUGAAGAAGAGGCCUUGCCUGCGGCUGAGCUUGAUGAGGAAGAGUUCCUCUUUGGUAGACAAGAGGGUGAGAUUGUAAGAUCUCUUUCUGAUAUUGAUGAUCUUGCUAGUACAUUUUCAAAGUUGAAUAAAGUUGUCAGUGGACCAAGAGGUGCAGGAGUAAUAGGUGACAGGGGAUCCAGAGAAAGUUCAUCUGCUGCGGAAUGGGCUCAAGGGGACGAUUUUCCUAACUGGUUUGAUCAACAGCAGCUACUCGAUCCUGAAGGUUUUCAAGAUGGCAAAAGAUGGUCCUCACAGCCAUAUUCUUCUUCUGCUCGUUUGUCAGAAUUAAAGCCUUUGUACAGGACAUCUUCAUAUCCUGAGCAGCAGCAACAUCAUCAACAUUUUUCCAGCGAACCAAUUCUUGUGCCGAAGUCUUCUUACACUUCAUAUCCUCCUGGACAAUCACCACAGGCUUCACCAAAUCAUAGUCAUCUAAACAUUCCAUAUCUUGGUGGUGGUCCCCAAAUGGCAAUUUCUUUACCGAACCUCUCUCCUUUUUCUGGUCCUCAGCUACAACUGACGGGCUUACAUCAUGGAUCGCCUCAUUUUGGCGGAAAUUUGUCACAAUUUUCAUCUGGUCCAUCUGCAAAUAGCCGACCACCUAACCAAUGGAUGAACCACACAGGUUUAUAUCCUGGAGAUCAUCCAAACCGUUUGAACAAUAUGUUACAGCAACUACCGCAUCAAAAUGGUUUAAUGGCUCCACAGUUGAUGUCACAACUGCAGUCACAGCAGCAUAGAAUGCACCACCCUGUUCAGCCGCCACUGGGCCAUUUAUCAGGCAUGCAGUCUCAGCUGUUUAAUCUUCAUCCUUCCUCAUCCCCACAUUUGAUGAACAAAUUUGAAGCAGUUCUUGGUAUGGGUGAUAAUAGAGAUCAAAGACCAAAAACUGCUCAGAAAGGUAGACAAAAUUUGUAUUAUUCUCAACAUGGCUUUGACUCCAACGGCCAGAAGAUUGAAAGUUUUUGGCCGCAGUUCAGAUCGAAGUACAUGACAGCUGAUGAAAUUGAAAGUAUUCUCAGAAUGCAGCUCGCUGCAACACACAGUAAUGACCCAUAUGUGGAUGAUUAUUAUCAUCAGGCUUGUCUUUCCAAAAAAUCAGCUGGGGCAAAGCUCAAGCAUCAUUUCUGUCCAACUCACUUGAGGGAUCUUCCUCCUCGUGCACGUGCUAAUAAUGAGCCUCAUGCUUUUCUCCAGGUUGAUGCACUUGGGAGGGCCCCUUUUUCUUCAAUUCGUAGACCCCGCCCACUUCUUGAGGUCGACCCCCCAAACUCAUCUAUUAGUGGUGCCACUGAUCAGAAAGUUUCUGAGAAACCCCUAGAACAGGAGCCAAUGCUUGCAGCUAGAGUGACAAUCGAAGAUGGCCUUUGCCUUCUUCUUGAUGUGGAUGAUAUUGACCGUUUUCUUGAAUUUAAUUUUAAUCAGCUUCAAGAUGGUGGAGUCCAAUUGAAACGCAGGAGGCAGGUCUUAUUGGAAGGGUUGGCAGCAUCCAUGCAAUUGGUUGACCCACUUGGCAAGAAUGGACAUUCAGUAGGACUUGCUCCAAAAGAUGACCUUGUGUUUUUACGAUUAGUAUCUCUUCCCAAGGGCCGGAAGCUGCUUGCGAAGUACCUUCAGUUUCUUUCCCCAGGUGGUGAACUCAUGCGAAUUGUCUGCAUGGCUAUUUUUCGUCAUUUGAGGUUUUUGUUUGGAGGGCUCCCUUCUGAUGUCGGAGCAGCGGAGACUACAAAUAACCUUGCAAAAGUUGUAUCAUUAUGUGUGCGCCGCAUGGAUCUUAGUUCGCUUAGUGCUUGUCUUGCAGCAGUUGUUUGUUCCUCGGAGCCGCCCCCACUUCGACCCCUGGGAAACUCUGCAGGAAAUGGGGCGUCUCUCAUUUUGAUGUCUGUUCUGGAAAGGGCAACUGAAUUAUUGAUUGAGCUUCAAGAUGCUAACAACUAUAAUAUGACGAAUCGGGCACUAUGGAAGGCCUCAUUUGAUGAGUUUUUUGGCCUACUUAUAAAGUAUUGUAUAAAUAAAUACGAUAGUAUUAUGCAAUCUUCUCUAUCAGAUCCAGCAGAAGCUAUUAAGAGGGAAUUACCUAUGGAGCUCUUGCGUGCCAGUGUUCCUCACGUAAAUGAUUACCAGAAAAAGUUGCUAUAUGACCUUUCCCAACGUUCCUUAGCCAGUCAAGAUGGUAAUGGUGGUCACAUGAAUUCUGAAUCUGUGCUGAGUUGAUGCUAAGCUUGUGAAAAAACAUGAUGGCCCUUAGAAAACAUGAGCUCAAGGUGGUGCUGACUUCUGAAAAAAGUGAAUGUAAAAGACUGUUGGACCAACAAUGUUGUCGGGUAUUUGUUUUUUACUUGUACUUGCAAACCGUGGAUAUUUAGGAACACACGGAGUAAGUGAAGCAGAUGCUUUGGAGCAAUCAAUUGAAAGUCGGUCUAGUCCUUUCGGGAUAUAGUAUUAAAAAAUUUUAGUUUUUUUUCUUUUUUUUUUUUUUUUUUCUCAUUCAAUUGCAGGCAACUGCAUUGGCUAAACUUUUUACAGGCCUGUCUUGUCUUGUAUUGUGCUAGAAAUCUGUUGGAAGUUCCUCAUUUACUUGGGUAUUUUUACGCCUCAAGUCUUUAGAGGCUUUGGUGUUCUGUUGUGGAAUUCUGAAUAUUGUGUAGGGUGUACAGGGUUUGGUACAUAGAUUUCCUACUUUCCUGUUGUAUUUGUUAUCCAGGAGGUGGGUUGAAGUCUUGAAGACAUUUUCAUGUUUUUCUGGUAUGGGCUAUGUGCUUGCCAUGGUUCCCAAGUAAAUGACAAUAAGGCUGGUGGUUUGUGUUUCGAAUGUGGGAUGCUGAUGGAGUUUUGAGUUCUCAAGUAAUUAGCAAGUUUAGCCUAGUUUUUCUUUUUUCAUCUAAUUUUCAUUCUCAUUGUAUUAGCCCUCUUGUGCUUUCUCCAAACGUUGACAUUGUUAUCCUUGAUUUCUAAUUUUCUUUCAUAUCGUUUUAGCAA